AUUGUUAUUUAUCAAAUAAAAGCGUAGAGAGAAGUUUAUCUUUAAAGACAUCCAAAUGUUUUGGGCCACACACUGAGAACUAGACGGAGGCUUCAAAUUCUCGACUCGUCGAAACCCAUUUUCAAUGGCGUUCACACUGUCCACCACAAAGACCCUCACCACCAACAUUAACUGCUCAAACACAACCUCCUUCAAGCCCCUCAAGCUCCCUCUUUUCUGGCCAUGGCAAAAGGUCAAAAUGGGUCCUCUGAGUGUUUCUCCGAUGGGUUUUGGGACAUGGGCUUGGGGCAAUCAGCUUCUUUGGGGUUACCAGACUUCCAUGGACAUUCAGCUUCAACAAGCUUUCGAGCUGGCUUUGGAAAACGGAAUCAAUUUGUUUGAUACCGCAGAUUCUUAUGGCACUGGUCGGCUAAAUGGCCAAAGUGAGAGACUUUUGGGGCAAUUCAUCAAACAAUCUCAAGCAUUAAAAGGGAAACAAAGUGAAGUUGUGAUAGCUACCAAGUUUGCAGCUUAUCCAUGGCGGUUAACUUCAGGACAGUUUGUGAAUGCUUGCAGCGCUUCUUUAGAGCGGCUUCAGAUAGACCAGCUCGGGAUCGGGCAGCUUCACUGGUCAACCGCAAACUACGCGCCUCUACAAGAACUUGCUCUUUGGGAUGGUCUAGUGGCAAUGUACGAGAAGGGGCUAGUUCGAGCUGUUGGAGUCAGUAACUAUGGACCUCAGCAGCUUGUCAAGAUUCAUGAUUACCUCAAAACCAGAGGGGUUCCUUUAUGCUCUGCCCAGGUGCAGUUCUCAUUGCUAAGCUACGGAAAAGAGCAACAAGAGAUCAAGAGAGUAUGCGACGAGCUCGGGAUUCGUUUGAUCUCUUAUAGUCCUCUUGGUCUAGGAAUGCUAACAGGGAAAUACUCCUCUUCAAAGCUUCCCACUGGUCCUCGAUCAUUGCUAUUUGGACAGAUUCUUCCGGGACUAGAGCCUCUGCUUGUAGCACUGAGAGAGAUCGCGGAGAAACGAGGAAAGACUAUGCCGCAGGUCGCAAUAAACUGGUGUAUAUGCAAAGGGACAGUACCUAUACCGGGUAUAAAGUCGGUUAGACAUGUUGAGGAUAACUUGGGUGCUAUGGGAUGGAGACUUACAAAUGAUGAACAGCUUCAGUUAGAAUAUGCAGCUCAAGAAUCACCGAGGUCUAUGAUUCAGAACAUUUUUCAGACAAGAUGAUAGGAUUAUGAGAAAUAAAAAUGCUUAUACAUUUAGACUACAAUACAGAAGCCUUUAUAUGUAUGCAUCACACCCUUCUAGCUAUCAUUCAAAUCAAAAUCUCAUGUAUUUUAUA